AUGAGCCAAAUCAAAUACUUCUUCGUCGGAAUGUCAGAUUCCGGCAAGCACAUUUCCAUCUCCAGUCGCAAAAAAAAGCUCUUCUUAGUCCUCUUAUCUUCUCUCCUGCUCAUUGCCGCCGUAAUCGGCAUUGUCGCCGGAGUCACCUCUCACAAAAACAACACAAUCGAAUCCUCUGCAAACCACGCCAUUAUCAAAUCCUCAUGUAGCAGCACAUUCUACCCCGAUCUAUGCUUCUCCGCCAUAGCCAGUGUUCCGGGACUUAGCCAAAAAGUCACCAACCAGAAAGACGUGAUUAUGAUGUCUCUGAACAUCACAAUCACCGCCGUGGAACGCAAUUACUUCAUAGUGGAAAAGCUCGAGAAGAAGAGGAAGAAUAGCUUGACGGGGAGAGAAAAAACCGCUCUCCACGACUGUCUCGAGACGAUCGACGACACGCUCGACGAGCUCCGGAAAGUCGAGCUAGAUCUCAAUAUGUAUCCGAACAAAAAAUCUCUCUCACAACACGCCGACGAUCUCAAAACCCUAAUGAGCGCAGCCAUGACGAAUCAGGAGACGUGCCUCGACGGUUUCUCGCACGACGGAGCGGACAAGCGCGUCAGGAAGGUGUUGGAGGAAGGUGAAAAUCACGUGGAGAAGAUGUGUAGCAAUGCUUUAGCGAUGAUAAAAAACAUGACUGAUUCGGACAUUGCGAAUGAGGUGAGAUUGACUGGGAGGAAAUUGAAGGAGGUGGAGGAGAGAGAGUGGCCGGAGUGGUUGUCCGCCGGGGAUAGGCGGUUGUUGCAGAGUACGGCGGUGACGCCGGAUGUGGUGGUGGCGGCAGAUGGGAGUGGGGAUUAUAAGACGGUGGAGGCGGCGGUGGCGGCAGCGCCGGAGAAGAGUAGUAAGAGAUAUGUAAUUAGGAUUAAAGCUGGGGUGUAUAGGGAAAAUGUGGAGGUGCCUAAGAAGAAAACUAACAUUAUGUUUUUGGGAGAUGAUAGGAAGACUACCAUUAUUACUGGAAGUAGAAAUGUGAAAGAUGGAAGCACUACCUUCCACUCUGCUACAGUAGCGGCAGUUGGCGAAGGAUUCCUGGCGAAGGAAAUAACGUUCGAAAACACAGCGGGGCCCUCAAAGCACCAAGCAGUGGCACUACGUGUGGGGUCAGAUUUGUCAGCGUUCUAUAGGUGUGACAUGGUGGCUUACCAAGACACUCUUUAUGUUCACUCCAAUCGCCAGUUCUACAUCAACUGCUUUAUUGCAGGGACUGUAGAUUUCAUAUUCGGCAACGCGGCGGCGUUAUUCCAAGACUGCGACAUCCACGCUCGGAAACCCGACGCCGGCCAAAAAAACAUGCUCACCGCGCAAGGCCGCAUCGACAAAAACCAAAACACCGGAAUCGUAAUCCAGAAAUGCCGAAUCGAUGCCACUGCCGAUCUCAAACCCGUCAAGACCAACUUCCCUACCUACCUGGGUCGCCCAUGGAAGGAGUAUUCGAGGACGAUCUUCAUGCAAUCAACGAUCAGCGAUGUGAUUGACCCUGCUGGAUGGCACGAGUGGAAUGGAAACUUUGCUCUCAGUACUCUGGAGUAUAGGGAGUAUCAGAAUAGUGGGGCUGGGGCUGGGACCAGUGGGAGAGUGAAGUGGGCUGGGUUUAAGGUUCUUACGAGUGCGGUGGAUGCUCAGCCGUACGCGGCGGCAACGUUUGUUGGUGGUAGUAGUUGGUUGAGCUCCACCACUUUUCCGUUUCAGCUUGGGUUGUGAACUUUGGAGGGGAUUGAUUUAGGG